AUGGUGGCGGUGGAGAGUUUGAUAGGUGGUGGCGACUGCGAUUGGGAUGUGGUUGGUUCUUCGGGAGAAAUUUUCCGGCGAGAUGGUGGAUUAGAAACAGGGGGACUGAGUAUGAUUGCGAGGUGUUCCGGCGGGGUCAGGGAUGAUGAUUGCGGCGGCGUCUCGGCGAUUGUGGCGGCGCGCUGGUGGUCCGGCCAUGUGCAAUCUGUGAACGGUGUGUGUGUGUGUUCAUCACUGUGGGUGAAAGAGAUGGAGGUGAGGUGGUGGUGGUGGGUCCCACGGUGGAUUUGUGACAAAUGUGGGUGGUGGUGGCCAGUGAUUAGGAUUUAUUGUUAA